AUGACUCUUUACUACAGUCUUGUUUUCAUGCUCCUGGUGUUUGAGAUGGGCGUCUUCUUGGCCCUCAUCAUCCCUCUGCCAUUCACCAUCAAACGCAAGCUUUUUGCUUUCAUCUCGGAGAGCCCCAUUAUCGCUAAGCUUCAAUACGGAUUGAAGAUCACUUUCAUCUUCAUCUUGAUUCUUUUCCUCGACAGCGUCAACCGCGUGUACCGGGUCCAACAGGAGCUCGCUGCCUUCACCAAGGAUGGCGCCGGUCUUGGAGCUGCUCAUCUCGGCACUGACCGUAUGGAGGUGCAGGCCCGCAAAUUCUACUCGCAACGCAACAUGUAUCUCUGUGGCUUCACUCUUUUCCUUUCCCUGAUUCUCAACCGAACCUACACCAUGAUUCUGGAGGUCCUUCGUCUCGAGGACCGCGUCAAGCUUCUUGACGGCGACAAGAAGGCUGGUGGCAAGGACUCCGCCCGUCUUGCUGAGGCUGGAUCUGUUGGCGAGAUUGGCAGCUUGAAAAAGAAGCUCGCUGAGAAGGACCGUGAUAUCGAGACCCUGAAGAAGCAGUGUGAGGGCUUGACCCGUGAAUAUCACAAGCUUGGUGAUGAGGUUUCUGUCGGCAAGGGAGAUAAGAACGAGAAGAAGGGUCAGUAA